GGAGGACCGGUUUCACACAAAUCUUCAUCCGAACCGGACAGGUUGAUCUGCGGUUCGUGAUUCAUGGAUGUGCAGACGAUCAGAUCUUUGUGACAGGCACUGUUGGUGUUGGACAGGAUGUGACUCUGACUUGUGCCCGCCCGACAAAUAAGUACAAAUCAACCACCUUGUUCUGGAUCAGACUUGUUGCUGGAAACUUGCCUGAAUUCUUGGGAGGAACAUUUUCCUUUGAUUACGAUGGUGUUAAUAAUACUCCUCACAUUAUAACUAAACAACAGCCUGGGACAUUUGUCCUUCAUAUUAAAAAAGCUGAGCUUAGUGAUACUGGGCUUUAUUACUGUAUAAAUGUAGACCAACUAAACAUGACAUUAUUGAAAGGAAUAUUUCUGAGGAUUGAAGGUAAAUAAAAGUCCGCAAUCAAAUGUUAUCAUCAGUUUAUCUGUUUACAUUCAACACCAUUUAUAACAGCAGGUUUCUAUAUUUCCAGAGUUUAUAGCAAAGUUUUUUUGUAUAUAUAUGAAUGUGCGUAACUGUAAAAUAUGUUCAUCAUUUGUAUUUUCAAUUCUCCAGGACCAGAACCUGACAUCACAGCCAUCAUUCAAGACUUUCAAUCUGAUCCAGUCCGUCCAGGAGACUCUGUGACUCUCCAGUGUUCAGUCCUCUCUGACUCAGAGAGUAAAACCUGUCUAGAAGAACCCAGAGUAUACUGGUUCAGAGCUGGAUCAAAUGAAUCUCAUCCCAGUUUUAUUUAUGCUCAUGGAAACAGAGCUGAUGAAUGUGAAAAUAGUCCUGAGGCUCGUUCUCCACAGAAAUGUGUCUACAGCUUCUCUAAAAACAUCAGCUCCUCUGAUGCUGGGACUUAUUACUGUGCUGUGGCCACAUGUGGAGAGAUUUUAUUUGGGAAUGGAACAAAACUGGAAAUUGAAGAUUCAGUUGUCAGCAGGUGUGAUUUACAGAAGACCCAUACAGUUAUCGUUCUGCUGUGUGUUGUGUUGGCCAUAAGUCUGGUUGUUACAGCCUUCCUCAUUCUGACCAUCAAGAAUAAGUCAUGUGAUUGUUGUAAUGCUGCCGCUGCUCUGCAAACAUGUUCUGAAACAACCAGUGAUGGUCAUCAGAGAUAUGAGGACUUGUUGGUUUAUUCUGCACCAACCAAGCAAACAACUGACAAAGCAGGGAAAAGGAACGCAAAGGCAGCGGAGGACAAUUGUGUCUACACAAAUGUCUUCUACUUACAUAAAAAACAGAAAUGAAUUUGAUAAUUAAUAAUUUGGGACAGUCUAUCACAGCUUUUUACAUUUUGUUUAAUUUUUGUGUAUCUUUUUUUUCAUUACAUUCCUCAAAGAAGCUUGUGAAGAUUAAUCUUAAUUGAGUCAUAAAGACGAUUUCCUAUUCACCUUAUCUGAUCUGCAUUUUGAAGGUUUGAAUGAUCCCCCUUUACCCACAUCUAUUAUCAAUGACAUGACAAGGUGUUUACUGAGAGACAUGAAUAUUUGUAUACAUGUUCUGCUUUUGUUUUAUAUGAACAAAUAUGCAUCAUGAAAUUUAUAUUUUGCAAAGAAUUGUGAGAAGACUGAUGCAAAACUUCCUCCUAUCGCUGUCUGUGCACAUAAUAUACUGUACACUGUAAAACAAGCAAAGCUACAGACCUCUGUAGAGAGUUGGGGAGCAGUGUGAAGGUCCUGCUCAGCCUAUAGAGAGGGGUUUUACUGGCUGUGGUAAUCUGACCUAACAACAAAGUACACACACUCAGUGUACUCUGUCAUUAAAAAAAAGUCUCUAAUUUUUCUUGUGGAAAAAUCCAGCGCUGCGUCUGUUUCACCAUCCUGCAAAAAAGAAUAUAUUUGCAUGUUUUUAAAUAGUUUAGAGAUCAGGACUGUAACGUAAUGAACUUAUUUAAUCAGUGUCAUUAGCCUAAAUGUGAAAUGUGUACUUGAUUAUUCAUCUUUCUACCAUGAAAG